UAAAUAACUUUCUCCUAACUCAUUGUACUGCCCAGGAAAGUUAUCCGCGCAUUGCGCAAACUAUGUGCGCUGACUGCCCGACUGCUCGCGCGGAAAAGGAGCCAACCUGUCAAGUUUUAAACCGAGGCCUGAUGGAGUCGCAAACAGAGCUGCAGGCGAGUAGAGGUGUUUGUCAGAGAGGAUGCGGGCUGCGGCUCUCCGGUGAGGACAUGAGCUCCGGGCAGCACUGCUGUGUGGAGGCUCUGCGCACCGUCACCGAGGCGCUGGAGGAAAGAAGCGCCACUUUGGAGCAUGAAACCCGGAUGCAGAGGCUCAGGUGGAACCGCAGGGAGCAGAGCCUGCUGGCCCAGGUGACAGCUCUGCAGACCGAGGCCCAGCUCUCUGCUCUGCAGCACCAGCGGAGACUGCACCAGUACAUGCUUCACAUCCACAGCCUGGCGGAGCAGCUCACCGGCUACUGCCAGGUGAACGGGAAGGAGUUGUCCAAAUCGAGCCAUGAGGAGACGGCGGAGGCCUUCCGUGCUGCCAGGGACCCCGUCGUGGUGCAGGUCAUCAGGCGGACCCCCAGCGGCCGCCCCCAUGGCCUCCCUCAGGAAAUCCAUGUGGUGGAUGUAUGCACUCAGACCGACAUCACUUUCGAACACAUCAUGGCGUUGGUAAAGCUCCGGCCUUCGACCCCUCCUGUGCCUGACGUCUGUCCCUUCCUGCUCUCUGACAGCUGUCAUUCUCUUCAUACAAUGGACAAGGAUUACUAUGAAGGGACGGAUUACCUCUCCCCUGUUCCAGCUGAUGGAGAGAGGACGGAGGAGUUUGAGUAUGAGGAAGUGGAAUUGUGUCGACUCAACAGCCAAGAGAAGUUGGGGCUAACUCUUUGCUACAGAACAGAUGAAGAGGAUGAUGUGGCCAUCUAUGUCAGUGAGAUCUGUCCAAACAGCAUUGCCGCCAGAGAUGGACGCAUCAGAGAGGGCGACCGCAUUUUACAGAUUAAUGGCCAAGAUGUACAAGACAGAGAGGAAGCAAUGGCUGCCCUCGCCAAUGACGGUAGUAGGAACAUCAUACUGCUGGUUGCCAGACCUGAAUUGCAGCUGGAGGAGGCCUGGCUGGAUGAUGAGCACAGUGAGUUCCUGGAGCAGCUGAAGAUGGAAAUGUUGGAGGAGCAGCAGAGGGAGGAGAUGGAAUUGGCUGCCUUACAGGAGGAGCAGGAGAAUGAGCAGAUGAGAGCAGAAGAUGACAAGCCCACCUGCUCAACACUCUCCCAUCAUAAAGAUAACGUACUAAGUAUAAAGGACAGAAUGGAAAGCUCGGAGCAUAAUGUCCUGGCACACAUCCAGAAACGUUUGUCCCAGUGCCUGAGAGACAAUCGGGACACACACCGUAGCACCGGCUCCACACGGCUGGAGGACAAAGACGAUGAGGACGAUGAUGAGUCGGAGGGGGAUCGUUUCCAGCAGCUCUUGGAGCUAAAGUGUCAGAUCCGUAACAGCGGUGAGUACGACCUGUUCUACAGCCGGCGCAGCACCAUCGAGUGCAGCAUCGGGGAGCAGGGCGGUGUGCAGCACGAGCUGCGGAUGCUCAACGACGAGCUGCGCAGCAUCGAACUAGAGUGUCAGAACAUCAUGCAGGCGCACAACCUUCGUAAGGGCCAGCAGUCUCCCUCCACAGGACACUCGGCCCCCUCCACUAAAAACCAAAGCCUCAAUCGUAGUGACCCGUCCAGGGGUAAACUUAUUGACAUUAACGGGAGGCUGGAAAAAUCGGACAAGGACAGCUCCAGUGCCUAUAACACGGCGGAAAGUUCACGAAGCACCCCUCUGGCAAUGGACCGCUCCCCGGAGCACUCACUACAGAGGAUGGUCAGCCUCACUAACCAGAGGAACCUCCGCAGUGGACUUGCCAGUGGCCCUUCUCUCAGCCCGAGCCCCAUCCCAGCAUACAGUGCUGCAGUCCCAGGGAAAAGUAGCAGCCCUGACCACAGCAAUCAUUCGAAGUCCAACCAGACUUCUCAGGCUGAGGAGGAGAGCAGUGGGAAAGUAAAGUCACUUGCUUCCCAGAUUCCAUACUUCUCUCCAUCCCACAGUUCCCAGCAGAGGCAGGUCAACAUCCCCGCACAUGCGCGCCACUACCAGAGCUACAUGCAGCUGAUCCAGCAGCACUCAGCUGUUGAAUACGCUGAGAGCCAGCUCAGCCUGCUCAGCGUCUGCAAAGAGCCUCAGAUGCCCAAUAAUGAGAACAAGAUGGAGUGGAAGGUCAAGAUCCGCAGCGACGGCACACGCUACAUCACCAAGAGGCCUGUGAGAGACAAGAUCCUGAGGGAGCGAGCCCUGAAGAUUAAAGAGGAGCGCAGCGGGGGAAUGACCACCGAUGAUGAUGCAAUGAGUGAAAUGAAGAUGGGGAAGUACUGGAGUAAAGAAGAACGAAAGCAGCAUCUGGUCAGAGCAAAAGAACAGAGGCAGAGACGAGAGUUCAUGCAGCGCAGCCGGCUGGAAAGUUUAAAGGAGAACCCUCAGAGCAGCAGCGAGGGGCGCAAGGAGGUCAGCAUUAUUGAGCUCAGCCAUAAGAAGAUGCUGAAGAAACGCAACAAGAAGAUCCUGGACAACUGGAUGACCAUCCAGGAGCUGAUGACUCACGGUACCAAGGCCCCUGAGGGGGGGGCUAAGGUGCACAACGCCUUCCUAUCAGUCACUACUGUAUAAAACUGACACUCACAUUCUACCCCUUGCGGUAUAAUAUACUUGCCUCGUUCAAUGUGGCGUUUUUAUGAGGACAAUAGGAAUAUUUUUCACACUUUGUAACCCAAAAAGCAUUUUGUAAAGAAUUUAUCAGUGUUGUCAUGGCAUUUUCUUCAUGUUUUUUCAAUAUUGUUUUUCACAUCACUAUGCGGGGAAAACAUUUUCUAUGAAAUGACGACUAUAUAAUUAUUUUAUUACUUAUAAACAUUUUUAUCUUUUCAAUUCUAUUUUCAUAUUUAUGUUACGUAACCAUAUACUCAAAAUGGUUGAAUGUCAUAUUAAGAGAAGUUUAUUGUUUUCUUUUAUCUAUUAUGUUAACUUGCUAAUUGCAACACAAAGUGAGUCAGUGGGUCUCGUGCUUUUUACUUUUAUCUUUCAUUAACAGAUCUACUUAUCCUUUAAAGCUGAAAUAUGUUUCUCUCUUAGUUUUGUUAAGAGGAAUUAUGUUUCAGACUACUGGAUCUUAAACAUUGAUUGGAAAUCUAGCAGUCUAACACUCAAGCACAGAUAUAUCGGCAAAUGAUGAUAGCCUAAGUACAUUUUACAAAAUAAAAGUUUAAAUGAGGUACAGGUUUCAGCUUUAAAAGGACAUAAAUAUCUUACAUUCCAAUCCUAGUACUGUAUAUCGUUUUCAUGAUGAAAGAUUGAGCAUAACUGCGGCAAGAAUGUGUUUAAUACCUAAAAUGUUAUGAAUUUGAGAUAAAUCCAAUGACCUAAAAGGGAAAGUAUCCAGUGUUUCACCGCUAAUUGCCAUAGCUCUUUUGUCGGAUGAAUCCUCAAAGUUUCAGAAUAUUCAACAGUGUAAAUUCUUAAUACAAGCAAAAGUGUCUUGAGCCAAAAACUCAAAUAACUUCUGCUGAUAUUUGUAUUAUCAGCAAUUUCAUGAAAGCAUUUAAAAGUGAAAUACCUCAUUUUAAAGUGAAACUCUUCAUAUGAACAGUGCUACACUGACGGGUCAAUGAAAAAAUACUUUGUGGACACCAUGAAUAUGCACUAUGUAUAUUGAACUGAAGAUUGGCUUUAGUGCAAGGUAACAAAUACAUAGUCCAAAAUAUUCAAACGAAUUGCCAGCUUUGUUUUUAUGUUUGGCAACUUUGGGUAAAAAUAAUUUGUAUUAAAUGUUUUAUUUGGCAAAUAUUUAAUUUCCUACCUAUUCAACUACAGAUGGACCUGCUCAUCGCUAUACGUACCGUUUUUUGCAUCAUCAAUAUACACCUUUACUCAGCCUUAACAGCAAAAUGGUAAGUUUGUGUUGCAAACUGAUUUCAUACACAAACAGUCUCUGGAUAUCUCUGUGCACUCAGCCUUAUAAAUACAUGUAUAAUUCAGUUUUUAGUUCCUGGAAAAUAAAAUGUAGUCGUUACUUAUGUUUGAGUUCACAUUAAACAUGUGUUAGGAUUAUUGCCACUGAGCAGGACUCAGAACACAGCAUAUUAAGUUCAUUUCAAAAAACUAAACUGGUUAGAUGAAUGCGUUGCCAUUUAUCAACCGACUUUAUCCAGUUACAUGUACAGUAUCCUCAUUCGAAAUGCCUCAUUUUUAACUGAAAUAUUGUACAUUUGAAAUUUUAAACUGAACCUUGUACUUGUUUUAAGUCAAUGUCAAUGGUCUGAUUUCAAGUAAUGCUUAGUUGGCACAUUUGUAGCCGGGUAAAAUGUGUGAUAAUGGUGAUCUUUGGAAAAUAAAU